CGCGAGGCCGAGGCGGGAGUGACAAGGCCCGGGCGGGAGCCGGAGCAUAGCCGGCAUGGAGACGCUGCUUCUGGGCGCCGGGCUGCUUCUGGGCGCCUACGUGCUUGUCUACUACAACGUGGUGAAGGCCCCACCGUGCGGCGGCAUCGGCAGCCUGCGGGGCCGCACGGCCGUGGUCACGGGCGCCAACAGCGGCAUCGGGAAGAUGACAGCGCUGGAGCUGGCGCGCCGGGGAGCGCGCGUGGUGCUGGCCUGCCGCAGCCGGGAGCGCGGGGAGGCGGCUGUCUUCGACCUCCGCCAGGAGAGUGGAAACAAUGAGGUUAUCUUCAUGGCCUUGGACUUAGCCAGUCUGGCCUCAGUACAGGCCUUUGCCACUGCUUUCCUGAGCUCUGAACCAAGGCUGGACAUCCUUAUCCACAAUGCAGGGAUCAGUUCCUGUGGCCGGACUCGGGAGGCCUUUAACCUGCUUCUGCGAGUGAACCAUGUUGGCCCUUUCCUGCUGACACACCUGUUGCUACCCCGCCUGAAGUCAUGUGCCCCCAGCCGUGUGGUGGUAGUGUCCUCAGCUGCCCACCGGCGUGGUCGUCUCGACUUCACACGUCUAGAUUGCCCAGUGGUGGGCUGGCAACAGGAGCUGCGGGCAUAUGCCGACAGCAAACUAGCCAAUGUACUGUUUGCCCGGGAGCUUGCCACCCAGCUCGAGGGCACUGGUGUCACCUGCUAUGCAGCUCACCCAGGACCUGUGAACUCGGAGCUCUUCCUGCGGCACCUUCCUGGAUGGCUGUGUCCUAUUUUGCGUCCACUGGCUUGGCUGGUACUCAGGGCACCUCAAGGGGGUGCCCAGACACCCCUGUACUGUGCUCUGCAGGAGGGCAUUGAGCCCCUCAGUGGGAGAUAUUUUGCCAACUGCCAUGUGGAGGAGGUCUCCCCAGCUGCUAGAGAUGACCAGGUUGCCCACAGGCUAUGGAAAGCUACCAAGAAGCUGGCAGGGCUUGAGCCCGGAGAGGAUGAUGAUGACUCUGAUGAAGAGCCCCAACCUCAGGAUUCAGGGGUCCCAUCAUCCCUGAAUGUCCCCAGCCCUGAGAAAACCACAAUUUCUGGACCUUCUCAUAGCUUUCAGGGCUCAUCAGACUUGCCCAAAUUGACACAGCGAAGAAUUCAGGUGAAAGCUGAGCCCACACACUAACUUUCCUGACCCCCAGGCUAGAAUGCUUCUGUAGUGCGUGGGAUCCCUCUUAAAUCUCAACUGGGUGCCUGGGCACUGAGGGGUUGCCACAUUUACCUCGGUAGUUACGUUUGGGGACCUCUUAUGUCCUAAACGGCCCUUUUCCUAAUGAAAGGAAAUAACUACUAUUCCUAAAACGGACAGUAACUUCAGAUCCGGGAAUGAUAUGUCAGACACUGUGUUGCUCUGGAAUUUUAUUUUCAGGUUUCUGGGCCCUUCCCUAAAUAGUGAUUCGCCCGGGGAAGGCCGGGGACUUUGCUGUCGAUGCACUGCUGAUGUUGAAUAUCACUGAACCUUUGCAACUUUCGAGCUAGGUUAAUUUACCCCCAUCUUACCAAGGCGGGACUAGAAAGGACUCGGGGCACAGACUGGGAUUUGAGCUCGGGGGUAGGGCGAACGCCCAAGGUGACGCUGCGCGAGGUGUUACUACUGAUGGGCCCCAAAGGUGCUAUGGGGACCAAGCCCUCUGGAAUAAAGGAAGAGUUGACUACA